AUGGCGGGCGAGCUGCUCCUCCUCAUCGCUGCCGAGAGACAUGCAGGGAUAGCUCUCCUCGCAGCAGCUUCAAAGGACAGGAAAGGAAGACUCUUGGAAAUCCUUGAACGAAAGGAUCUUAAUAUCAACUAUUCUGAAAAGACAGGCUGGUAUCGAGGUUAUACGGCGCUGAUGUGGGCGGCGGAGAGAAACAGCACAGACAUUGCUGAGGUGCUGCUGAGGGCGGGCGCUGACGUCAACCACCGGAGUUAUGGGAGUGAGGGCGGUCUUUUGUGUGUUCAGUUGAUGGAUUGAUUUGCUUUUUGUCUCAAAUU